AUGGAUUCUAAAUUAUUUGAAGAAUUUGAUUACUUGGACAAAGAUCAGAAAAAUCAAAUGCUAAUCAAUAUGAAAUCAUAUAUUAAUCAGUUGCAAUCCUAGGUUUAAGAAUUGGAGAGAAGUGCCAUCGAUAUAAUCAUAGAAAAGGAUGAAAAGAUUUUAUAGUUAGAGACACUUCUAAAUUAGCAAUCGCCAUCCAAACAUUAUAACAAAGAUGAGGAAAUCCUUCAAUUGAAAGCCCAUAUAACCGAGCUCUACUAAAAGAUUGACGUAGAUUAAACCUAACAUUAUGAAGAAUUAUAAGAAAUUGAUAGAAAAUGGAAUUCAUAUUUAUUAGAAUAGAUCCAAUUAAGUAGUCAAGAUGGGCAACAAUAAAAAAUUGAAAUGUUAGAAUCAUUGCUUAACCUAGAAAAAAAGAAUUAGAAGUAUGAUCAAGAACUGAAAAUCAAAGAUAAUCAAAAUAUGAUAGACAAGAAUACUAUUAGCACUUUAAUUAAUAAAAUUCAAUAAUUGUAGGAUGAAUCCUAGGAACUCAACUAAUAAUUGAUCAAAAUGCAAAGAGAAAAUGAUUAACAGCAUGAACAUUUUCAAUCCAAUAAAAAUGCCCUCGAAAUCAAAAUCAAUAAAUUAAAUAUAUUGCAGAAUCAAAGGGAAAAACAAGUCAUGACUCUAAAGACACAGAAUGCAAAGUUAAUUUAAACUAAUAAAGAAUUAUUAAACUAGAUCAACGAAUUAAGAGAAUAACUAGAGAGAUAGACUGAAAUCAAGGAUUAAAGACAUUCAGAGAAUUAUCUUUUACAAUAAACAGCUAAUACAAUCGAUUAGAUAUAAAGAGAAGAAGUCAAUAUCACAGCAUUUGAAAUCUUUGAGGAAAGUUAUGAAGAAAAGGAUUAGAUGACUAAUUUGAGAUAAAUUUUAGAUGAAAAAUCAGAAUAGAUAGUUUAAUAUGAAGAAUGUAUUAGAUAAUCUACAAAAUAGAUAAAAGAACAAAGAGCACAAUUAUAAUUGUUAUAAUAUUAGCUCAAAUAAAUAAGAUAACAAUAAUUCAAUCAAAAGAAUCUCAAAGAAUAUAUAUAGGCUUUGGAAAGUGAUUUCUUAGUUUCCAAACAAUUAUUAGCAGAAAAAGCAGAUCGUUAUUAGGAAUAGAUGAUAUUAUUGACUUAGGAGAAUUUCAAUCUCAAACAAAAAGUUAAAUGCUUUUAAUCCAGGUAUCAUAAGAAAAUUAAUAGAACUGUCGAUUGA